AAACAACUCCAGACUUCUCUCUCAUCACCCCACUAAACAAAUCUUCAUCGACACUCUUCUCGUGUUUCCACCAUCACCACCCUCAAAAAAAAACUAUCCAACAUGCAGUCCAACAUGCUCGCCCUUCUCUCUCUCGUCGGCGCCGCUGCCGCUGCUCCUCAGGUCAAGGUUCGCGACACCAUUGCGGUCGGCGACGCCUUCGGCCUCACUGCCCUCCGUUCGGGCUCUCCCGUCCACCUGCAGAGCUUCCAGGCCGCCAACAACACCUUCUUUGUCGGCCUUACCGCACAGGGCGCUGAGUGCGACACCGAGUCCAACUUCGCCACCUUCUUCCUGGGCGAGGACGCCUCCCUCAACCUCUACAGCACCUCGGCACCCUACCAACAGGCCUUCGUCGACGCCUCCGGCAUGGGCCAGGGCAUUAUCGGCUACACCACCGGUGCUCAGCCCGCUCCGGGCUCACAGACCGGCUUUGCCCUCGAUGCUUACAACGACCUGACCUACAACAAUUUGUCCUUCAUUGCUUGCCCUUGGCUGAAUGGCGCCUACACCAUCUGGGUGGAUGCUGGUGUGGCUAACCCAGCUGGCAACCUGAACUGCACAGGCAUCUCGGUCCGGGCUACCAAGGCUGAGACCCCCGACUCUUGCCUGUACACGGCGCUGUAAAUCUGGACUUGAAUUAUGGAAAAUUGUACAUAGGACCGGGAGGAAAAACGAUGGAUAUUGGUUCACUUCCAUGUUACAUAAUUUGUUAGACAUGACUAUCAAAAUGCAUAAGCGAUGGGACUUCUCAACCGAUUAAAUACGAUGCGAUCCUUCUAAGAGAUGUGAUCUACUAUUUACUGCCUUUUUAAAUGUUUUAGGUCUCAUCAAUCAUGAUACUAUUCGCAGACGAAGAU